UUUACCUCAGCCAUAUAUAUUUGUUUUCUCUGGAGAGCCCGAAAUAGCGCUUCUCCUCAGCGUCACCCGGGUUUACAGGUCCUGAAAAUGGAGUCAAAUGACGCAGCUCGGGGAGGCUGGAAGGGUAAAUCAGCUCAGCAGAAGAGCAAGUUUAACGUUAUAAUGCGUCAGGAGGAGCUCAUAGCGCAGAAAAAGCGAGAAAUAGAGGCCAAGUUGGCUGAGCAAGCCAGACAGAAUGUGUCAUCUACCAACAAGUCAUCAGCAGAGAGUAGCCCUGAUACGCAAGGACAGACCUCGAACAAGUUUGUAAAUGAUGGAAGCUUUCUUCAGCAGUUUUUAAAGAUGCAGAAGGAAAAAUCCAACCCAGAUUCAGCAUCCAGCAGGGACUCCAGAGGAACCUCAUCUUCCUCCCAAAACCAGAAGAAAAACAUUCUGGUUGGGAAGCGACCUGGUUUAGGUGUCGGCAGCAUGCUUAAUCAGUAUAAGAGCUACUCCCAGACCAAAAAAACGCCGCUUCAGGUCCCCCGACCGAAUGUCUUCAGCUCCCCAGACGAGGAAGAGGAGGACGAGAUCGAUGAUGCAAACUACCUGGAGAUUAAAGUUUCCCCCCCAGAGGAUGAAGAUUUGCGUCAGAUCAUCAACCAGUUGGCUGGUUUCGUUGCCGAAGGUGGGCCAGAGCUUGAGAGGAAAGCUUCGGAAGACUACAAGGACAAUCCCAUGUUUGCGUUCUUAUUUGAGAGGGACAGCAAGGAAUAUUUGUACUAUCGCAAGAAAGUAGCUCUACUAAGACAAAGGAACCACGGCUCGUCUGUGCCAGUUGAUGUCUCCUCCUCAGUGGACGAGGACACGAAGAAGGUGGUGGAGAAGCUGGCCCGCUUCGUGGCCGACGGAGGGCCAGAGGUGGAGGCCAUCGCUAUCAAACACAACCAUGACAGCCCCACCUUCAGCUUCCUAUAUGAUCACCAAAGUCCAGCUCACCGCUUCUACAAGUCCAAAGUGGAAGAGUACCGUCAGGCCAAAAGCCGAUCUGCACCUCCACCUAGUGACGACUUCUUUUCAGGCACCAUGCACCAGGUUCAAGCUCCACCAGCUCCCAACGUCUUCAGUUCAGGGCCAGCUGAGCAGAACCAAGAGACAGCUCCUACAGGUGCAAAGCGCAAGAGGAAGAGUCGCUGGGGGUCUGAGUGUGAACGCGUGGACCUGCCGGUCCCUUCUGUCGUCAUCCCGCAAAGGGUUAAACCAGAUCCUGAUGCUCCAGCGCUGUCUGAGCAAGAACUAAUAGGAUUGGGUUAUAAGAAAGGGAAGCCGGUGGGCCUGGUGGGAGUCACAGAGCUCUCGGAGGAGCAGAAGAAGCAACUCAAAGAACAGCAGGAGAUGCAGGAGAUGUUCGAUAUGAUCAUGAAACACAAGAAGGCAAUGCAGGAGAUGCAGCUGAUGUGGGAAAAGGCUGUGCGGGAUCACCAGCACGAGUAUGACAGCGACGAGGAGAUCGACUCCAAGAACGGCACCUGGGAACAUAGUCUCAGGAAGAUGGAGAUGGAAAAAACAAGGGAGUGGGCUGAGCAGCUGACUGAGAUGGGGAAAGGAAAGCAUUUCAUUGGUGACUUCCUGCCACCUGAUGAGCUGGAAAAGUUCAUGGAAACGUUUAAGGCUCUAAAGGAGGGCAGAGAUCCAGACUAUUCGGAGUAUAAAGAGUUCAAGCUGACUGUAGAGAACAUCGGCUUCAAAAUGCUAAUGAAGAUGGGCUGGAAGGAGGGAGAGGGUCUGGGCUCCGACAGCCAGGGUAUCAAGAACCCUGUGAACAGAGGCACCACAGCAAUAGAUGGAGCAGGGUUUGGAGUGGACCGACCUGCUGAACUAUCCAAAAACGAUGACGAAUACGAUGCUUUCCGCAAGAGAAUGAUGCUGGCGUACCGUUUCAGACCUAACCCUUUGAAUAAUCCAAGGAGGCCAUAUUACUGAAGACUCUGUAUUACACUGUAUUUUUUUUUAUAUCUUCAUUGUCUCACAUUUUCAUUAGUAUGUAGUUGAAAAUACACACCUUGAUAUCAUUGUAACAUGCAUCAGAAAGUAAAAAUGUCCGUUUGUCUUUUUCGGUUUAGUUUUUUUCACAUUUCUCCUUGAAUAAUACUGAAAUAUUACAAACUUCUUAAAGUUUGACAUUAUGAAAACUUACUGUAAUUAUAUAUAUUUUUUAUUUUGGUUGUUCUCAAAACAUAUUGUAAUGUGUUCAGACAUCCCAUUAAAGUUUUAUUGGUCCUCUAA